AUUUUAUUAAAAUUUCGUAAAUUUCAUAAGAUAAAGUAUAGUUAUUAUCCUUUCAUGUUAAGUGGGGGUAUCCUCUGUGUUGUUACUAGUUUAGUGUUAUUUUUAAAUAUAGGAUUGUUUUAUUCUUUUUUUGUUUGUGUUUUAUAUAUUUUUUAUAUUUUUAUUUUGUGAAUUAAGGAUGUUAUUUUAGAAGAUAUUAGUGGUCAGUAUUCUUUUUUUGAUUAUCGUAUGUUUAAACAAGGAUUUUAUUUGUUUUUAUUUAGUGAAUUAACUUUAUUUUUUUCUAUUUUUUGAACUUUUUUAGAUUCUUCUUUAUGUCCAUUAACUUGACUAGGAGGAUGUUGACAACCUGUUGGUAUUUUGUCUCCUGAUUAUUUAGGAAUUAACGGUACUGCGAGAUUUUUUUUGAUAAUAAAUAGACAUAUUUUGAAGUAUUCUCGUCGAUAUUUGUGUUUAAAUAUGGCUAAUUGUGAAUUUUUAUUAUUAAUUUGCAUUUUUAUUGGAAGGGGGUUUUUGUGUUUUCAGUAUUAUGAAUAUAGUCAUAAUUGUUUUGUUAUGAAUGAUAGUAUUUAUGGUAAUAUUUUUUAUAUGGGUACUGGUUUACAUGGAUUUCAUGUUUUUAUUGGGGUUUGUUUUAUUAUUAUUAAUUUUUUUCGUAUUAAGUUAUUUAAUUUUAAUUGAUAUCAUACUCAGGCUUUCGAUAUAUCUAUUGAUUAUUGACGAUUUUUAGAAUGAAUAUGGGGUUUUAUAUUUUGUUUAUUAUAUGUUUGAGGUUCU